AGCCGUUUUACAGUGGUAUUAGAUCCUCGAGUGCUGACACCAUGGUGAUGCUGGUUCGCAUUUGCUUGCUUUUGGGGGCGGCCUUGGCCGAUGACAGUCUCCUCCAUUCAAUGGCAUCGGAUCCUUUGGCAGACCCCUCCGUCGUCCAAAAAAAGGAGCAACCACAGCAAGUGCAACAACUCCAGCAACCAGAACAACCUGAGCAGCCAGAGCAGAAGGAGUUGCCUGCCAAGGACUGGGAGCAGUAUGUGCCCACCUUUGCUCAGGGCAUGGCCCGCAAGUCGCGUGAGCCGCGGCAGCCCCGGGAGUCAAGAAGCGGUGCCCAGCCGGCCAUGUUCUUUGUUGGAGAGCAGCCUCAGCAGAAGCCACAGCAGCCGGAGCAGCGAGAGCAGCGAGAGCAGCCAGAACAGCCUGAGCAGCCAGAACAGCCUGAGCAGCCUGAGCAGCCAGAAGAGAAGGACUGGCAGAAGUAUGUCCCGGGCAUGGCUCAGCAUUUUACCCACAGUGGAAAGAAGGGCUCCGAGAAGGACACCCAGAAGAAGAGCCCCUCCUUGCUUUUGGCCGCCCAGACCCUGUCUGGAGAGCAGCCGCAGCAGAAGCCCCAACCAGAGCAGCCUGAGCAGCCUGAACAGCCAGAGCAGCCAGAGCAAAAGGAAAUGAAGGAUUGGAACAAGUUCGUCCCGUCCUUUGUGAACGGCUUCGCCAAGGACUAUGUCAAGAAAAGUGAGGAGGAGUCCGAGAAGCGGGUGCAGAAGAGGGAAGAAAAGGAGGAGGAGAAGAAAGGCGAGAAGAAGGGUGCGGCGCCAGCGGUGUUUCUCGCGCAGUCCGACUUGAGCACUGAUGAGGCGAAGGAGGAGCAAAGCCUGCGCGCUGUCUCUGCCGCCGAGCAAGCGGAAUCGCAAGCACGAGCACGUGCUCAGGCGUCCCUGGAGAAGAUGAAGGACGCCUCCUGGAAGGACAUCAUCCGCAAGGUCUCUGACUGGGGCACGGUGGACGAGCUUUCGGCCUCCUCCACGCAGAAGGAUGCCCAUGUUUGGGAGAACGCGCUGGAAAAGCGAAUCCAGAUGCUCGACAAGUUCAACAAGGAGCAUCGCAAGGAUGUGCUGGACUUCAAUGCGUCCAGGGCGGUGGAGUUGGUCUAUGCCGUGCAGACCGCUGCGGCCCAUGUGGAGCUGAACAACCGCAGGAAAGAAGAAAGCAUGAAGUCAUCUCUGAAGUCUACCCGCUAUGCAGCCAUUCAGCAUGUGAAGUCCCUGGAGGCGGACACGCGGGACGCCGCCCACCGUUGGAAGGCAGUGGGAAAGAUGGCCGUGAAGGCCCAGAAGGCAGCUCACAUGUCGGAGAACGUCUACGAGCGCCACGAGGACGUGAUGAGUGAUGCCGCGGGCGAUGUUGCCAACCGUGCUGAGAACAAGGCUGACAGGCUCAAGGACCAGGUGAACGACUACUUUUCCCGGAUCGAAGAUGAGGUGCACAGGUCGUCCUUCGAUGCCCGCAGCAGGGAGCUCUUGAGGCAGGCCAAGGAUGUGGUCAGUGAACUGCAUGAGGUCGCUGAGCGGCUAGGUGCCCAGGCGGCCUACCAGGAGGCUGAAUCUUCCGCCAAGUUCAAAGAAGAGGAGAAGCGCUGGGAAUCGUAUCAGUCUCCCAAGAUGCUCUUUGAAGCUCCAAAUGCUUUGAUGGUGAAGAGCUCCAUGCUCUUUGCUGCAGCCGGCUCAUUCGCGCUGGUCUUUGCUUUGUUGCGGCGUCGCCAAGUGUCACGUCCACUGGACAUCGAGGCUCCACCUCUCCUUGGCUGAGCAGCAGGAAUUUUGAGUUGCACCAGGGUGUAUCCUUUUUUGGGGGUUGCUUCAACAAAUCACUUGAGACAACCGACUCUACUGAUUUCCUGAUGAAACACCUUGGUGCAAGAUUUCGCAGCUGUUGAGGCUGUUUUAGCGCCCUGUUUGAAACAAGGGUGACAUUUUGGUUUCAAGGUUGUUUGCCACCACAUCUUUUGAGUCUCUGGUAAACUCUUGUCUUGGCAAACAGAACGGGUUGGAGGUGGCAGACAACCUUCAAUGGUUUGUGCAUGUUCGACUCUUGGGCUGCACCAGUGUCAGUGCUCUUUUGAAACCGGCUUGGCCUUUCUUGUGGUUCCUGACACUGGCGCAUGCGUUUGUAGAUAUCUGUUUAAAGCUGAGCAACCCCUCGCUCCGCUUGCCCAGAAUUCCCCUUGCUGCGUCUUGAUGGAUUGACACCUUUUGAGGCCAAGGUUCGGCAAGCGGAAAAGGCGUGAGGAGCUGCGUUCAACGGCAUCCGAGCCUUGCCCUUGUGCCUUAAAG